AUGGUGUCCUCAUCCAGAUCUUCUUCCGCCGGUUCAACCAGGUCUAACAGGUCGGUGACCGUAAAUUCAGAGGACUUCGCCCUGCCCAAAACCAAGGCAGUCGAGGCUCUUAUCUACCUUUCCGGUGGACGGCCUAGCCGUCACCGCAACCUGCGAAAAUGCAGAGUUAUCACUGAGUGGGAGGAUGACGGCGGUUACGCCGGAAGCAGCCGGGGCUCCACCGCGAGCACCAUGCGGCGCAAGGAGGUCGUGCAGUGGUUCUUCGUCGGCGACAGCUACGAGCCGUGGCUGGUCGAGGUCGACGACGACGACAGGAGCACGUCCUCGCGGUCCACCAAGAGAUCACACAAGUCGCGCGGCGGCAGCCGCGAGAAGAGACCGCCCCCGCCCGUCGCGGCGAGGGAUCCGGUCUGGGGCAACCAGCCCCAGCAUCAGCAGCACCACGGCGGUCCCCACGGCGGCCACGGGCCCCCGCCGCCUCCCCAUCACCCGCACCACAUGCACAUGGAGGAGGAGAUCAUCGAGGACGACGACGACGAUGACAGCUCCUACAUCAGCGACAAUGAGUACGGCUACUCCAUGCCCCCGCCCCCGCCCAUGGGGCCUCCCAUGGGGAUGGGCAUGCCCCCGAUGAUGAACCACGGCCCUCCCAUGAACCACAUGGGCGGUGUGCCGCCGAUGCCUCCUCCACCCAGGACUCCCGCACCGGACAACGGCGGCGGCGGAGACAUGCCGGCAUUCUUCAAACUGAACUAG